AUGCAAGCUCUCCAUUCCUAUCGAUUUCUCAUUCUUGCCUCUACUCUGUUGAUCCUUCAGGCUCUAUGCUUUCAAAUUUGCAAUGUGGAAGGAGUUUUAUUGAAAUUAGAUUCCAAGAAGAACAAACGAGUAUGCUUCCAAGAACAUUUAUAUGAAAGCACUCCAGUGAAAAUAACUCUAAAGUUUCCAACCAAAUCACCGACUGACGUUAAUGGAGGAGACAUUCGAGAUGUUCAAAUUCGAUUAUUUGGAACAGAUCCAGAAAAGAACGAAUAUUUAGAUGCUCAUUACUUUUUGCAGAGUUUACCAACCAUCGUUCAAGACAACCAAGCAUUCAAGAUCAUUUCACAUCAUUUUAAAAGCUCUUCCACAUUGUAUGGAAAUUACAAAAUUUGUAUCGAACAAGAAUCCAAGUUGAAAGAAGUGGAAUUGGAUCUCCAUAUCGAUGUUGGAAAAUCAGCUGAAGUGGAAUUUGAAGAAUUAGAGUCGGUCAAGCAUGUUAAAAAAAUUGAAACUCUUUUGAAAAACCUGGGAAAUCAAAUUACUACCAUCACUUCCGAACAAAUAUAUUUCAAACAUCGAGAAGAGAGGUUCCGAGAAACCACAGAUUCCACCUACGAACGUUUAUGGAUCGUUGCAGUUUUGCAAGUCAUGAUUCUUGUCAUGAGUGCAUGGUGGCAACUCUCCAGUCUCAAAACCUUUUUCAGAAAACAGAAAUUAAUCUAA